AUGAACAGUUACGCUAAGCGGUGCUAAAUUAUUUAAGUUAUUGCAAUUCGAAAGAACACAACAGCUUGCUAGCAGUUUAAAAAUAAUGAAAUUCAAUGAAAUACAAAAAAUUAAACAACAACAAUAACACUAAUAUUCUAACGAUUUCACUGACAUACACAAACAUAUGCCGCUAAGCAUUUGCCAAGCGCGUAAAACGUUUAUUACGGCAUGUUUUACAUUUAUGCGACAGCUUAAACAAGCAACAACUGCAAUAAAAACAAAAACAACAACACUGCAAACGCGCUGUAUACGCGAGAGCCACUGACGUACCAACGCCAAGUAAAUAACGAAGAAAACAAAAACAAAUCAGCAAACAAAUAAUCAUAAAACCGUCAAAAAGGAUAUGCAACAACAACAACGGCAAACAGCAAAGAAAAACCAACAGCAGCAACAACAAUAAAGCUAUAACAAUAAAGGCGAGGGCAGCAGAGCAAACAAAUCCCUUAAAAUCAGCGCUACACCCACAGCUGCACAGCACACACACAAACAUACUACAUACAAACGUACUUUGCACGCAACACCCACAAAGCGUGUGAACCAAAAUAUACCAAAAUAAGAAGAAGAAAAUAUUUGUAAAGCACGAAUUCUGAAAAAAGCGUCCACAGCGGAAAAGGAAACAAGUUGCGGAGCAAACAAACAUACAAAGCUUAUACAGCCAUAUGUACACAUGUAUGUGCAUGUAAUAAUAGCGAAAUAUGUAAAUAAAAAAUCGCUGCGAAAAAGUCGCCAAAGAGUGUAGCCUGAAAACAUUUCCCGCUGACAUUAACACAAAUGCUUGACAAUUUGUUUUACCAAUUUCCAGCCACACCAAGCGACUAUAUUGACUAGCCAUAUAAGGCAGCAACAAAAAGCACGGUGUGUGUGCGUGUGUGCACGAGUUGAAGCCAGCAUCCUGUGCCGCACGAAAAAGUGCUUUUAUACACAAAAGCAGCGCAGCGGCGUCGACGUUGACGCCAAACAUCCGGUGGGCGCGUUAAGGCCACAAGCGCGGGUGCGGGUGUGAGUGUUUGGGUCCGUUCGUUGCUCGCAACACUAGGCAGCAUCCAACGAGCGCGUAUCCUUGCCGCAGCGCCGACUGUCGCUUGGGACACAUUUAAAUGUGUGUGUAAUAGCCCGUGAAUGUCCUGUGGCUACUUGAUUUUGUUUUUUGCGUACAUUUCGUGCAACCACUGUGUUGCCACAGACAAUUGUCGUUGCUGUUAUUAACAGUGAAACGAUCGAAAUAGUGCCCCAUAGCUUGCUUAUAGCUUUGCUAACAGUGUGUGCAAAAUAAAAGCUGCUUUAAGCGUUAACAACAACGUGAGACUACAACAACAACACACGUGUGUGUGAAAAGUGUUAAGAAAUGGCCGCCUACACGCAGUUUGGUUAUAAUUAUCCGUCGGCAAAUCAGUUACUCAACGGUGUUGCACAGUCGGCAGCCGCCGCCGCUGCCAUUUCCAACGGCAUGUCGGCCAACAGCAUCGGCAUGGUUAGCGCCAGCGCACCGUCACCGCUCUCUGGCGGCAAUGAUGCAUCGCUCAGCCCAUCUGGCGGCUCGUCGGCCACCACAACUGGCGGUGUCACAACCACUGGACCGCUUAGUCCAGGUGCAAUUUCGCAAACAUCAAAUAAUACCAACAACAAUAACAACAGCGGCGCUAGCACAGCCGGUCUCAGCAUACUGCAUAGCAGCACCGCCAAUGCAAUCGGCUUGAGUUUGAGCCUAAAUGCAGAUGUCAGCGGUAGCGAGGGUGAUGUCGGCAUGGGUAUUGAUGGUGCAGGCGCCGCCGCCGCCGCCAAUGCUGCCGCUAUCAAUGACGGCACUACUCCCUGCUGUGAGAAUGGCCGCCCCAUCAUCACAGAUCCCGUCUCCGGGCAGACAGUCUGCUCGUGCCAAUACGAUUCGGCGCGCUUGGCGCUCUCCGGCUACACACGCAUGCCGGGCGCUGGUGCCUCGGCCGGCGUUGGUGUUGGUGUUUAUGGCACGCCCUAUCCAUCAAGCGAGCAAAAUCCCUAUCCCAGCAUUGGCGUGGAUAGUUCGGCGUUCUAUUCGCCGCUGAGUAACCCGUAUGCACUUAAAGAGGGCAACGCUGGCUCUGACAUGUCUGCUUGGACCUCAGCUAGCCUGCAGCCCACCACCGGUUAUUAUUCAUACGAUCCCAUUGCCGCUUAUGGUUACGGUUCCAGUUACGACUUGGCGGCACGCCGCAAAAACGCCACACGUGAGUCCACAGCCACACUCAAGGCUUGGCUCAGUGAGCACAAGAAGAAUCCCUACCCCACCAAAGGUGAGAAGAUAAUGUUGGCCAUCAUUACGAAAAUGACGCUGACACAGGUCUCUACAUGGUUCGCGAAUGCUCGCAGACGUCUGAAGAAGGAGAAUAAAAUGACUUGGGAACCAAAGAAUAAGACCGACGACGAUGAUGAAGCAAUGUUGUCGGACGAUGAGAAGGAAAAAGAUGCUGCCGAUGAUGUUGAUAAGCUGAGCAGCAGCGGUGUAGGUGCUGCCGACGUCGUGGGGGGCGUUUACGGUGGUGCAGCUAUGAGUGGCAGUGACUUGCGAAAAGAUGACCCUGUAGUGAAAUCUGAGUUAUUGGGGAAAGAGGACAAAAUGGAUGGUUGCACAAUGGAUGAACCGAAAUUCGGUGAUAUACCCUCCUUACGCAACAUGAGUGGCAUCUACAAUUCACCAUAUGGACAACACCCCAGCUAUCAUCCCUACCAACAACAACAAGCAACGGCUUACUACCAACAACAGCAACAACAGCAGCAUGCAGUUAGUAUGACAUAUGGCACGCCAAGCCAAAUCAACGCAGGGGAUGAGUAUAAUGUGUCAAAAAACCUGCUGCGUGCGGCGGACUGUGGUAUACCGCUCCCAGCGAGCAAACCCAAGAUCUGGAGUUUGGCAGACACGGUCGCUUGCAAGACACCGCCACCUCCGCCGCCGCCGACGCUGGCCUCACUGCCACCACCUAUACAAAUGAACACAUAUCAGCAGCAGCAGCAACUACAGCAACAACAACAACAGCAGCAGCAAUCAUUGCUGCAGAGCCGGGCGCAAUACUACCAACAAAUGCCGACGCACUUGCAACAGCUCAGCCAACUGAAUCCACACAACAGCAGCAACAUACAGCCAGCACACAACAACAACAGCAGCAGCAGCAACAGCAACAGCAACAAUUCGACAUCGCUGAGUAUGAUGAACGGCUACGUCGGCGCAUUGCCUUAUUCGCGCAUACCUACGGCGUACGCAGCAGCAACUGGCAGCAGCAACAACAACAACAACAACAGCAGCAGCGUUCAAUUUCUCAAUUUGAGCUCCAGCAGCAACAACAGCAGCAAUGGCAACGGCAGCAGCCACCACAACGGCAGUAUUGGCAGUGGCAGCAGCAACAGCGCUUCGACGCCACCUGCCAUGACGCAAGGGCCACCGCUGCUGACAGCGCAACAAUAUCACCAGCUGCAACAGCAACAACAGCAGCAACAGCGCUUGGGUUUCAACGAAAUACAGCCGGAUACGCCGCCACAAACGCCACCCAACAUGAAAUUGGUGAGCGGCGGCGGUGGCAUUGCCUUGAAUCAGCUGGCGCGCAGCGGUUUAAUUGCGACGCCCACUAGCGUCGCGGCUGGUAUGUGCUACAACGGUGGUAACGGUAUCGGUGUGUCGCAAGGAGCAUACGGCACGGCGAUGGGGACGAGUGUGGGUAUCAAUUACGCAUUGGCCGCGGCACGUGCUGAGGGCUGAGUGGGGACAGUUGGAGGUAAUGACUCAAUCAGUCGCUAAAUCAAAUCGGGUCAUCCCUGGCAUGUGCGCAACAACAAAAGCAGGCAAUAAAUUGUGAAAAUAUGAUUGAAUUGAAAUUGUUGUGGCAAAACGCGCAGCGCUUUUGACGGUGGACGGCGAACAGCGGAAGUAAGUCACGCUAGUUUUUUAAUUACUUUUCCUUGUACAUCUGCGUCGUAUCUACAUAUGUUUGUAUAUACACCACAUAACCGCUAAUCGCAGCAAUGCCUGCCGUCACAAUUUAAACGCGCUAAUUAUUUUGCAAUAAAAACGUAAUUCGAGUAAGCGGCAAUAAAAAGUGUUUAUUGCAAUUCGCGUGCGUGGAAAAAAGGUCGCCUGCCGGCUGCGUAAUUCAACACGCGCGCAUGCGCAGUUAAACAAAAAAUAAAUAAAAAAAAAACGUAAAAAGUAGUUGAAAACAGUAAAAGUAAUAACUGAAGACUUAAGGCACGAACUCGCCGCAGCAAAUACGUGAAAAUAUGGAGAGGGUGGUCGCCACAAAUUACCUGUGCUGUUGCAGUUGUUAUUGUACAAUUAAUAGCGCUUUAUUAAAACAACAAUAAAAGCGAGUUAAGGCAUACGCACAUCCCAUUAGUCACACCAACGGCAGGUUAACGACUCUUCGCACACAGUAGCAGCCACAACUAGGCAGCAAGCUAGCUAGCAGCUGCAACAAUAACACUAUCGGUAAUAAGCGCGAAGGUGUUGUAAAAAUAGCAAUUAAGCCUUGAUAAAAUUGCUUGUAAAACUUAUAAAUUAAGAUUAAAAGCACAUUAAAAAAUGGCAAUUAAAAAGUGCUAAAAAUAAACGCAUGUGUAGAUAUGUGGCAUUAAUUCGCUGUUGGCGAAAAUGCGGCAACUAUGGGGUGGUUCGUAAACAUGUUUGCAACUAAAAAAAAAAUAUUAAUAUCAAAGCUAUCAGAAAAAUAGAAAAACGUUGACUUUGGUUGCGCGGAUGCUAUAAUACUCUACA